CUUUGCCUCAUCUCUUCCCUGCACUCAGUGCUGACAUUUCAACUCUGGCUGUCAACGGCAAGUUGUCUUAUCCAGAGCGAAAAAAAGAGAAAGAAAAAAAACAUUACACUCCGUAGAUCUUGUGUAAGUUUAUGAUUAUCUACUAUAGAGAGUACCAUGUGGGACUGCAGUGGCUUGGCGGCAUGUCAGCAGCUCUGAGGAGUCUCUACUGAAGCUCGUCCUCUGACCAUCCCGGGCUGAAUUCUACCAAUCCCGACACAGCUCUGGAAUGUGUCUGAAACCCUUCACCCAGUGGACAGCCUGCGUUUACAAUCAAGAGACACUCCUUACACCGAACAACAGGUGAAUUUCUAACCAGAGAAGUGACAGAAAACAAAAGGAACAAUGAACGUCACAUCCACACCGACAGCAAUGAGCACAACCGCAAACGCUACAUGUGUAGACAUUGAUAUCGAGAGCCCAAUCAGUGACUUCCUGAUGUCUGUCUACAUUCUGGCUUUUGUCUUUGGUUUGAUCUUCAAUGUGCUGACAAUUGGCCCCAUUUGGCAGCAAAUGCGCCGGCAAAACGUUUUGGGCAUCUUCCUCCUCAACCUGUCCAUCUCUGACCUGCUUUUCCUCUUCACCAUGCCCCUCUGGAUGAAUUAUUACCGACAGAACCACCACUGGCAGCUGGGUGUCCCCGCCUGCAGUGUAGCUGGCUUCUUCUACUACUCCAACAUGUACAUCAGCAUCUACCUGCUCUGCUGCAUCUCUGUGGACCGCUGCCUGAUGGUCACCUACCCGCUCCGCUCCAAGACCCACCGUACCUCACGCUACGCCUGGACACAGUGCAUCACUGUUUAUGUCGUAGUGGCGGCACUGCACAUCAUGGUACUGGUCAAUGAUAACCUGAAAGACGCUCACGACGACAAAACGGGCAAUGACCGUUGCUAUGAGACUUACCCCAUGGAGUCACCGAUCGCCAUGUUCAACCUGCUCAGAGUGGUCAUCGGCUUCCUGCUGCCCCUGCUGGUGUUAGCCGUGAGCUACUGGAGGGUGCUGGCCACCGUGGGUCAGAGUCCCGGCCUGAGCGCCCAGGCCAAGAGGAAGGUCCGCCUGCUGUCCUUUGGGGUGAUUGGCAUCUUCUCAAUUUGCUUCGCCCCAUAUCACAUCAUCCUGCUUACACGCUCGCUUGUCUUCUACCGCAGCGAGAACACACUUCCCCAUGGAAGUUACUGCAAGUUUGAACAAAAUAUGCACUUUUUCUUCUCAUGCACGCUGGCGCUGUCCAGUCUGAACUGCGUGGUGGACCCGGUGCUGUACGUGCUGGUCAGUAACGGAGUCCAGGAGGAGUUGAAACUGUGCUGGGCGAGGCACAGAAGGACACAGACAGAUACAGACUGUGCUCUGACUGCAUACAACAGAGGGAAGUCGAAUACCAAUUUAAUAUAAAAAGUAAGCCAUACAUAUGUGGGUGGACAAAUUAAUUUGGAUGUAUAUGUGCGUGUGACUGUGCAUAUAUAUACAUGAUUAUGCAUAAUGCUGUAGCUCUUUGAACUCAUGCCUUCAUUCUCAGAGUUGGCCAUUAAGUAGCAGCAGGAUUAUUUUCCUCACAUAAUCAACCUUUCAUGCAGACAGUCAACAUCCUUUGGUAGAAACCACAUUGCCGCCUUUGUAUUUUUUCUCCCUCAUAUCCUGUAGAGGAGGCGCUGAAAUGAUGUGCAUCUCAGGACUCUGUAAUUAGUUUGCACUCCGAGCUUCUGCCCUCCCAAGAGUUCUUCAGUGGCGGCCACUUCUGGUUUGUGGUUGGACGCUGCAGGAUUUGAAGAGCUCUUAUGUUUUCCCUCCAGUCUAUACGAGGACAUUGUGAUUGUGAUUAUGUGGCCCUGGUCUAAGAGAAAAGUGCAUUAGCUCUAAAGCAUGCAUGCCGUUUAUUAGCAUGACUGUCAGUGAAACAUGUUGAAUGUAACCAUAAAAUAAACCGGUGGUUGGAACAGGUGCUUGGAUUUAAGUUUGUUUAGUUUGUGAUGGUCGAUUUUGCAGAUGGCAUGUACAUUUCCGCAUGGAGGUGAGGCUUUGGGAGAUGAUAAACAACUCGUACAUCCAAACAUGUUGCCAAUAACGUCUCACACACAAAGGUAAUCAUAAAUCGACCGCAGCACUUGCGUCAAGAGGGCAAAGGCUGCAAUCAGGAAACCCAUGUGUGUGCAUAAGAGUGUACACGUGUGGGGGUGUGAUUUAUUUGAAGUGUUAUAAUGUUUGGCUUCUAUUCGCAUUCCUGUAAAUAUAGAGUACAGUAAGCAGGGUAAGGAAGGAAGGCAGUUGGAGGAAAAAGGAAGAAAGAAAGACAGGAGAUGGGGCAUCAACAGCUGUUAUUGCUCUGUUUUAUGUUUCGUCCAUUAUCCAUACAUUGGCUCUUUCAUUCAUCAGCAGAACGCUCUCUUGUGCACAUCGAUACAUUACCAGCUGAGCACUUCACGUAAGGUGUAUCCACUAUGGAACCCGGGUCGGCAAGCUUUGUACAACCAGCUCUCUUCAUCUAAAAGCCUUUACCGUCGAGCCUGUUGUCUAUAUAUAGUAUACAGCAACUCUGCUUCCUGCCAGCUCUUGUAAAAUGUUUUGUCUAAUUUGCCUAAGUGGAAACAUAAUUGCAGCCAGGAUCAUGUUAACAAGUAAUGGUUUUUUUUUUUUUUUUUUUUUUUUUUUUUUAUCAGUCCAUGAUGAAUUGGACAUGUAGGAAAACAAAUGAGCGCUGACAUGUUUAUGCAACUUUGCAGGCACACUAAUUUUAAAUGUUCCCUUACUACUGCAUGUUGAUAGAGAUGGAACCCUGGUGUAUUUACGUACUUUGUGUACUUUUUUGUUAUUAAGAUAGUGUACACAAGUUGUUUUGCUGAAUGUUAGAUACCUGAAACAUCAAGCCAAUUCUAUAUUCAUCUUGUUUUCAACAAAUCCUGUCAAAAGGUGAAAACCAAGUGACUGAUCCUACCUACAUGUAUUAUCUGUGAAGUCUUAUACUGCUUAUUCUUCCAUACUAAACACCUCUAUCUACGUCCAGACACUGUUAAAAUUUGAUCAACAAAUCACAAAAUUGCGCUGAAUAAUGUUUUCCCACAUCGUGGUAAAUAUGGACACUGAAGCUUUUUAGUCAAUGCCACAUUAACUGUCUUGCUGCAGGCUCACAAGAGCAUCACACGUGUUAAACACUGGCCAAAGUUGCAAGAUUUACUCAUGUCUGAGUUAGAUCUACAGUCUUCAACUGUUUUAGGAAAGUCAACAAACCAUCAUACCUCAACAAGUGAAUAGGAAGAUUGGCCGAAACAAUAUGACCCUUGCAGUGUUCAAGCAAUAUGCGCACUGGACCUUUCUCAUUUACUCACAAUUUAGAUAUUUAAGAAAUCAAUUUGUUUAGGUUUAGGCAAGAAGAGUACUUGGUUAGGUUUAGGUAUGAAAACGACUUGGUUAGAUUUAGGUUAGAAAAGUACCUGGCUCAGUUUAGGUAAGAAAACUACUUAGGUUUAGACAAGAAAACGGCCUGUUGCUCCUUACAUUGCCUGACUUCCUCCUUAGCUGCCGUAAUAAUUACUAUGCCUACUAGAUGCCGCAGUCUCACACAACACAUAAAUAUGUGUCAUAAUGAACUGCUUUUACAGUCAACCUGUGGUUGUUCUUCUGAUAAGAUUCAUGCCAGCCUUUUAGGAGAUGCUGAAACUGGUGAAAAUUCAUGAGCCCUGUCAGAUUCUAGAGAAAGGUUCCCAAAAGAUGCCCUUCCACCACCUCGUUAUUUCCCCUCAGUACUGUUAGCUUGAGGCAAUUUGAGGAAGCGCUGCUUGCAAAGGUGUUUCAACAUCAUAUUUGCAAAUGUAAAGAUGCAGUCAAGUUCACCCCAAAGCUGCAGUCCAUCAUCCUGUGGCAUUAGGCCCGAGAUAUUACAAAUCCAUUUUCUCUAGACCGGUCUUUUAAUGAGCUUGCUCAGGCUGUAGCCAGACUCCUUGGGUGAUCAAUAUGGUUCCAUUGAUUAGCUGUUCUGCCUCAUAGCCUCAUAAUGCACAGUUGGUCUAGAUGCACGACACACACAGUCAAGGCUAUUCUUAGACCCAAGUUAUUUUAGAAGGGAGCACUUUCACCUGUACAUAACAGCACUUUUUAAUUUCUUCAACAAUUACAAGCAAUCACUGCUAAUCAGUUGAUAUUGAUAUUUAACUGCUGCUGUCCUGCUGCUGGCUCUCUUAUUAGGUGUCUUAAAUGACACAGCAAUUCCUCAUAAUCACAUCUAAUUUGUAUGAGCCCUAAUGCAUUUCUGAACCACAACCUCAAAGUGGUUUAUCAUUAGCUUUGAUGGUUUCUUUAGCAAAACAAUAAGUCAGAUGUUUAAACAUUCAUAUUCACUUACAGCAGACACACAGACUGCCACAGUUGAAUCAAAAUGACCUUAUUCAAAUAUGUCAUAAAUGUUCAAAAUACAUGUUUAUUUGAGUGAACAUUUGUGUUUCUUGUACAGUCUGUUUCCAGUAAUGUAUAUUUAUUAGUUUUACACUGCAUACCUCAAUAGCCAUUUUCACUGAUGUUUCACAUACAUAUGUACAGUAUAUUGUGUACGGAUACUUAGUGGCCACUUUAUUAGGUACACCUGUAAAAUCCAAUGCAAUCCGAUACAACAUUUGAGCCAUGAAUUCUACUUUAACAGAGAGCUUAUAGUUUGCAGUGGUGUUGAACUGGUUGAUAGGAACUUUUUCUCCUUGCCUUUUUACCUGUUAUAGCCAUAUACAACCGACUCUAUGCCUCAGGUGCCACUGACAGAGAAUUGACAUUGAUGUUAGCUAAUGUAAGGACUGUUAUAUACUGUGGAAAAAAUCUAACACCGCGUCACAUGGUAUUGUAUUUACUGGGCAUUGGAUCAGAAGAGAAAUCCCUUUACAUCACUGGUGUUCAGUUUAUUUGCAUAGCAAAUCUAAAUAGUUUUGCUUGAACGAAAAGUCAUAUCAUGUCUACUCGGAAAAUGAAAUCAAGAUAAAGUUUUGCCUCUGAAUGCAAUCCUGUUUUGCACCUGACUCUCAAAUGUCAAACCAUUACAUCUGCACAUGACAAACGCCUGAGCUUUACUGAAUCUCCUGCGCACGAAGCCUCAUGUCUUGAUAGAAGAGGUUUAAAAAAUGACACAAAAGAUUUUCCCACCUAUUCAGCUCACAGACAGGAACUAACAAGAGCCAUUUGUAUUUUUACACCUGCGCGCAUAUGAUGCCUGUGGUCGUCACUUGCAACCUAGUGUGCACCACUUUGCUUGCACGGGUGUGAACAAUGGGUUUAUGUGCAUGAGAUAUCUACAAAUACACAUAAAAUAUCUUUUAUGCCAGUUAGCAGAAACAAUAUUAGUUUGCUUUUUUAUAUUUGUAUGACAUUAAUACAUAUUUGCAGUUUUUUUGCUUGAAAGGAUGCUGCUCUUCAUAGCUGCACUAUGCAUUCAUGCUGCAAUAACCACUUUCAAGUUAUGUUCGAGAUUUGAUCCGUCAGUUGACUCAAAACCACUGCCCACACCAAUUUUAAAUAUUCUCCUUGUCACUUUGCUACAGCCCAUAAGUAGAUAGUUGAAAAGAGAUCUGCCUGGCAGCCCGGAGGACAGGCAAGUCUAGAUCCCUGCUCGAUUCUAAGUAGCUUAGUUUAUUUCUAUGAAAACACGUCUGAGCAAGAAUACACUCACCACUAUGUCUGUUGAAACACUACGCUUUGUAUAUCUAUGUAUCUUAAUAUGACACAAAUGAAGUGGUGCAGCUCUCAGCCUUAUACAAGCAACUAAAGUGGCCAUGAAAGAUCUUCCAAAAAGGGAAAAAUAGCAUCUCUACAGCAUGUUUUUAUUUGUAUUUAAGAUUUAUUGUGUUUUUUUCUUUUUCUUUUUUUUUUCUUUUUUGUGGCUCUCUCAUGACAGACUUGUAUUAGCAAGAUUUAUGCCAAUUUUAUACAAAGGCAUCAUCUGGAUGUUACUGAUGACUGUGAGAGGCAGCAGAAUAAUACUGUAUUAUUGGACUUUUAUGCCUGCAGUGCAGUAAUUAGGUUUUGAUUGUCCUGCACGAGGUGUUAUUUUCUUCUUGGAGAAAAAUAAUCCGGAUUUGUCACCUUUUGUCACAGAUUCAGUGAACGCUGAAACAAAGCUGCAACAGCUUUAGUUGUUUUACCCAUACACAAACCACAUGAUAAUCCACUGUUUCGACUACGUGUGGCUAUAUAAGGACCAAAUUGCAGUUUGUUGCGUGACUUAUUCCUUUAACAUUACAGUAGAACAAAAUCACUGCUUCAACCCAGCUGAUAAAAAACAGCAGCCCAACAGUCCCCUUUAAUUCAGGCCAACCUAAUUUGAUACCAAACUCGAUAACCUUGCAUCACUAAUCUAACAACCCAGAAGUGCUUAACCAUAAUUACCAGAUCUUGAAUAUGCACAGACUCGCUUAAAGAUACCAGCCAGGUGUAUAUACAAUGUAAAGAAAGUGAGAAAGAAGUCCAGGAUCCGUUCCUUCAUCUAGAUACAUACCAGUGGUCUAUGGGGUCUGUUCUGGGCUGAGACCCACCCUCCAUCCAAUUUUCAUCAUGAAAAUGUGUUCAAUAGUUUUUUGUGAAAUCCUGCAGACAACAAACCAACAAACAAAUGGGUAUGGGGGAAACCAUAAUCUUCUUAGUGGAGCUGAUUAUGUUCAUUCCUAUCAAAUUAUAACAAUGCCCCUUUUCCACUGGUCAAAUAUCCCACUGAAACCUGCAUAGAUUAGGCUUUUGUGUGCAUUGGGAAUGUGUAAACAUUGCAUAAACCAACAAAAACAUAAACAAGCAACAAUUUUCAACAAGAAAUUUCCACCCGGGGUAUAAGAGAGCUGGAUCUCGAACCACUCUGUGCCUGUGGCCACUUGUGGUAUUGCAACAACAAAAUCCCAGGGUGUCCACAAAGCAUUUUCCCAUAGACCGCGUUUAUAAAAGAGACGCCUGUAAAACUGUUGACACGAUUUCUAUCUGUAUAUAUCUAGUUAUCGUUUUUCUGACAUCCUAAGGUAAAGUCAGAGGGCCAAGUGGGAGUGUGUGGGUGGUAGCCAGCAGGAGAAACACUAAUUGGUAGAUACAAUGGUUUUCACAAUGCAGAAGUAACUUUCAUUCAAGUGAGGGGGCGCCAUCCUUGAAUCUGGCAUCCAGUCUUCAUUUUACAACCAUGUGUUUGUCUUGUCAUACAAAGCUGCAGGGGCUGUGGACUGGAUUGCAGGCAGGUGAAAUUCACCCUUUCAAACAAAUAACCUUCCUUCAAAAGGACAAAACAGCACCCCUUGUACACCCGUUCAGAAAGAGCAUCAGGGCAAACAUCUAAUUGAGUAGAGCUGAAUGCAGUCUCAAGAUUCACUAAGAGGGAGACACUGGGGCAAGCUGCUGAGCAACAGGCAACAAAACAAUCAGGUUGUUAAAAGGCGACAUUUGGAGAAGGAAAAGUGGGUUUGUCUUAUCGGCUUGUGCAGAAGCUACAGUGAGGAGUUUAGUUUCUUGUCUGUUGGCUGACAGGAAAAAUGGUGUUGUGGCAUCUUUCUGUCAUAAUCUCUCCAUUUAUUUGUGUUUUAUGUGACUUUGUCGAGUCAUAUGUAGGGUUUCACUGAUCCUGCUUUUUGCUUGUUCCUUGUGUUGCCCUUCAUCCUGAAUAAAUGUUCAUCCAUUGAGA